AUGAUCGUCUAUAGCUCGAGCCAAAGACUCAUGGCGUCUCACAACCCUUCCGAGAGCUCCUCAGCUCGUCCCUCCACCACUCGUACCGCGUCUCACUCACACAGCCCCAACGCACCUGCUUCCAGCAGAGAUCGGUUACAAGUCCCAAAAAGAGCCCAUACUUUUGCCAAUGCUACUUCGGCCCUGGAUGAUAGCGCUACAUCUCCUGAUGCUUUUGAAACCGGCGAGCAUAGCGACUCCGACGAUGGUGCCGAGGGAACUCGGGCUUCGGUUGAGCUCGACAUCCUUCCUAUUGAACUAAUCACUGUAACAGACAGCUUCAUCGAAUCUUUAAAUGCCAAAGUGAAUCCGAACCCUCCCAAUAUCGAGAAACUAUCACAGAAGUUCCAAGACUUCUACGCCCAAGCUUCGUCCCAUAUCAACACCCAUAUCAGCGCGCUUGCCUCGAGACAAAGCCGCGACGUGUCGCCCACGCCAUCCGCCUCUUCCAUCUCCUCCGCUGCCAGCCGCCUCCGAUCAAAAGCCAGUGCUCUGACCACCACCAAGACAGAACAGGAACAGCAAAUGAUCACAUCUGAAGAAUUAGCGAAUCGCAAGCGAAUGAGGAAGGCUCUCGAGGCUAAGAGGUCGCUUCUUGAAGAGGCCGUUGAGCGCAGGUUAUGCGAGGGUAUUUAUGACAAGAUUUACCGACAUCGGAGCACACAGGAUGAAGCCCAGGACGACAAACUACGUUCAAAGACUGCUGCUUUAGCCUUGGUCGGCAUCGGACCUGCUGACUUGGGGAUUGAUCUGACCAACGAAGCAGACGAGUCCGACGAGAAGACUGACCCAACUGAACAAGACAUCAAGCAGAAGCUGGAACCCGCCCGACGCGACUUAGCCAUGAUGACCCAGAAAAGAUAUCCUUUGGGGAAGCUCAAUCACCUGAAAGCUGCUCACAGAAGCAUAGUGGACGCCCUUGCCUAUUUUCAUCCUUCUGCGUCUGCCGAUGAGAUCAUGCCCAUGCUUAUCUACACACUCAUUACUCUGCCCCCGGAGAACCUUCAUGCCAUCAGCGAUGUCCAUUUUAUACAAUACUUCCGCUCCGAGUCGAAACUCACGGGCGAGGCUGCAUACUGUCUGACGAACCUUGAAGCCGCCAUUAGCUUCCUGGAGACAGUGGACCUCACGACACUCAGGGCCGACGAGCAGCUUUCUGGCCCAGCAAAGAGUACCAGCCCGAGAACCGAAACAUUCCCGCCGGCUUAUCAACAAGGGGAAGCAUCUUCGUCACUAAGUGCUCCUGAAGCAAACAAGACCAAUGCUGAUGCAGCCAAGAUCUCUGCUCCUGACACCAAAGCGGCGACGGCAUUGCGUAGUCGCCGGUUGAGUGACCUCGUGAAUGGGCCUGCGCAAGCAUUUGGAGCUGCGAGUGAUGCUGUUUUCAAUACAGCCGACCAGAGCCUAAAGAACAUAUCCAACAGUCUGGAAGGAAGUUACAAAUUUCUCGUAGGUAAACUAAGAGAGCACCAGGACAGCCCCCGAGAUUCCAUCACCGUACCUAGAACUCUGGAUGACGCGCGUAAACUAGUCAGCACGCCAUCUCCAGAUGAGGAUGACAGCAGUGGCCUCAACAGACUGCUUGCCCCUGAUGAUAAUGAUUUGUUGAAACGCCCAGUAUCGCGGGAGGAUAGAGUCCUCAACUUGAUUGGAGGUCGGCGCGACCGCAGUACUGAUAGCACUCGAAGUGGCCGCAGUGCGAGCUCUUCCAAGAAAGUCCUAUUUGCGUCUGAUGAGCCCAAGGCGGCCAGCCAAAUCCCAGGACAGAACCCAGCUGUCCUGGAUCAGAUGCGUAACCUGGGCAAUUCCUUUAACCCCAUGGCUCGACUUCCCAGUAUGAGUAUUAUCCGCGGGUUUGGGCGCAACACACCGUCGGCGCCGACAACACCAGCGGCGAAGGACGUGGUCAAGCCCGCGGACGGGGGAGAUUUGGGAACAGCUUUCCCUGAUAUUGCUCCAGCUCUUCCGCCCAAAGCUAUUCCCAAGAUCGCACCGCCCAACAAACGCUUCAUGGAGAUACAGACUCCCGGUGAUCUCAAAUUGGGUGAAGUUCUUGACCUGCUACGAGACUACCGCCGCCUAGCCGGCGCCCUAAAGGACAUUGGGGCGUUUGAGACAAAGUGA